AGGUCUCAUGCGAUACGUACCGAAAUCCCCGCACCUGUUCAGUUCGAAUCGGAGUGAAAAGAGAUAAACAAUAUAUUUCCCGAGGCUAGGGUUCUUGCAAACAAUGCACUUGCCUAAACUGGUGAAUCAUCUUCGGAACUGCAGCACCUACGAGAAAUUUCUUAUCAGACUGUAUAUCGUGACAGACGCCUGCGAAUAAGGCAUAGUGCGCUAUGCCAGCCUGAGAGCGCUCUCAGAAAGGAUUAAAUUCCAGUCGUAUUGAGGGAGUAAUAGUCGUUCGUUCGAGAAUCGUCGUGCAUCCGAACGUACUCUUAAUAUCGUCACGUCAAUGCACUUGAGUGUUAAUUCUAAUUUCUACCGAAGAAUUACAUAAUGUAUGUGCAUGAGUCACAGGGUGAAUAGGGGGGACGUGCAAACGUCAAAAUCGUGCUGCAGCGAUUUUCUUGCAUUUUAGCUUGGACCUUUUCAAGUACCUCUAAUAGGGUUGCAUUUACAAUGAAUAAGAAACAUUAUGCAACUUUCCAGUGAGCAAAGAGAAUACCUCUAAGAAAUGGCAAUUUUCAAACUGAAAAUACUAAAGUGUAGGUGCAUGAUUUCAUAGCUGUGGAAACUACCAUCAUUUCAUUGUAACGUGCGACCAGGUAUUUGUUAAUCGAACAAAGUAGUUGUUCGUAUCAUAUUUAUUACUGAAAAAUGCCAGCACCGCCUCCACCUCUCUCAAGUUUGCCAGAGGCACCUAUGUGUGAAAAAACUGAAGUGAGCGAUGCAGACUCCCUGCCUCCUUGGGCCAAAAUUACCCUUACAUCUGCAGAGGCAGAAAUUGAAAAGCUGAUAUCUCGAAUUGAAUUGAAGGAUGCAGAAGUUACAUAUUUUUGUCAAGUUGAACCAAUUUUGCAAGAUGGACCACAGUGUGGCUUGGUUGCACUUGCUAUGGCAUCUCAAGAAUACACAAAACCAGUUUCUGUGAGCCAACUCCUAGCUGAAGCUCGUGUAAGAGGUUUCACUCAACAUGGAGAAAUGUACAGUGUUGAUUUUAUGGGCACAUUAGCAGCUGAAUAUUUACCAGACCAUAGACCUGAUAUCUUAGUAGAUUUACAACAAUGCCCAGAUACAUUGACACAUGCUUUGGCUCAUGGUGCAAUGGUAUUAAUUCCAUAUGAUUCUGAUUUCAAUCAUGCUCCAUGCUUAAAGAAAGGCCAUAAAGCCCAUUGGGCCCUACUUGUGGGUUUAAUUUCAUCCAGACAAGGAUAUCAUGUCUUAGCGCGUCACGGAAAAUCACGUCACUUAGCUUGUUGGCCGCUACGCGAUUUAAUCGAAAGCAAUGGCAAUUUGGAGGAGGAAGGAACAGCUAGACAUGCCGGAGGAUACGUAAUACCAAAAGGAGGAGUUGGAGGCCAGAGAGGUUUGCGCGGUAGGGCACUGGCGUUGCACCCAUACAUAUAAGAUCGUGUACAAGAAUUGUAGGUAAUUAAUAUCACAGCGAAAGACAGAAAAUAUUAUAAUAUUACUGUAUCCACGUUACAGUAUAUGGUAAAUAUUCAAAGGCAUAACUUAGGCAUAACGUUUGCACAGCUGCUACGGAAUUUAAUUAUUUGUAAAAUCUUAAUGCUUUUAAGUAACAUAUGUUUCAACUUGCAAUGCAUUUUUUGGUCAACAUUCGAUGGGGAAUAUUAAAAUCCCCAAAUUUGAUAUUAGAUGUAAUCAAUGGACAUUCGUUAAGCUCCGACACGCAGUGUAAAUAAUGAUUUAUUAUAUAUGUUUGACUUACAUGCACCUGAACGGUUUGAAAGAUUCUUUCUUUCGUUGUUUCGAUGUAUCGAGCUUUUCCUGUGGUGCAACACGUACUGACUGCAAACAUGAGAAAAUGGGCAUGUACACGUGCAUGAAAGGGACAAACGUGGAGGAUGAAAAAAAAUAAGUCUAUAAAGAAUAUCUGCAUAAAAUUAAUAUCUACGUGUAUUAGCUAGGAUUUAUCGGGAUUGUAACACUAGCCGGAACGAAAAGAUCUAAGUAUAUUUAUUUAGCAAGGAACCGUAGAUUUUCAAUUACUGAUUAUAAUCUUUGUUUUAUGUUGACAUUGUGAAUAAAGACUAAAUCUAUAGCAAAAGUCUCACAAUUGCAUUUGAGGCAAUACAACUUAAUGUUCGUGUGUUGUACCGGAUUGUUGGGCGCAUUGCUUUUAAGAUACGGAGUAAAUUUUUAUAUUGGCUAUAUACGAUAAGCUAGUUCCAUGUGUCAUACGAACUGAGAAAUUUUUGAUUAUCCACAAACUCAGUAGUUUACUUUCAGAUUUAUUACAUAUCAUUUUUAUAUUUACAUAAAACAGUCUUUCAAGCUUUACUCAUAAGUAGUAGUUUAUAAAUUCCAAAUUGCCUAAUAGCGAUAGAUAGCGAUAUUAUAUAAAUUAUAUGUCUGAAUUUAUAUACUAAAAUUCAAAUUGAAAACCUAUCGCAUGAAGUCCUUCCGCAUUUUGUCAAACUUACUAAGCAGAAUCGAUGUACUUUUCCUAAAUCAUGUAAAUCAAGGAUUAAAUUUAUUACUUGGUAGCUAUAUCAAUCUCUUUAUCGAGUACAUAUAAAUAUGCAAACUUAUACUUAAAAAUAUUAACAAUUUAUAUUAAUUUUAUAAAUAUAUAGUUAUAUAUCAGUCCGCUAUUCCGUAAGUCUUGGAAGCAACGCGCUUUAUGGAAAGAAUCUUACUAUGUAGAACUCUACGAUAUGCUUGUUUUACUAUGUAUCUACCGGUAUGUAAAGUACGAGCGUAGUCUUUACUAAUAUUGAUACGUAACGGUCGAAAAAAAAAAAAAAAAAAAAAAAAA